UCCGACUUUCCGUCAGCUGUUCUUGACGUGUGCGCGACCGGGGUGGCGUUUGACAGCGCGUGACGUCACGGGGGCUGCUGUCAACGCAGCGGCGGCACGUGUUCGGGGGAGUCGUUGACUGGAAGCCUAAAAAUAGUGAGCGAUCCGAGACGCUGCAAAUUACCGAAUUUAGAAAGCGCCGAGACGCUGGAACUAAAUAUAACCUUGACGCUUCGCAUGCACGAGGCGCAGUUGUGCGAGGGGCCUGCGAGAGGCAGCAAUGGCGGGGCAGAUUUCCGAUGCAGUGAAAAAGUGCAUAGGCAUCCUGAAAAAUACCAACAGUGACACGGAGAAGUUCGCCGCCUUGUUUAUGGUCACGAAACUCGUUAAAGGCAAAGACUGCAAUCCCGUGGCGAAAAAAGCCAUCUUCGAAGCCAUCGGCUUCGACUUCAUCAAACGUCUCCUCCUCACCGACGACGUCCCGGUGGACUGUCCCCCUUCGAUCUACAAAUCAGUGGCCUUGUCCAUCCUCACCGUCUUCUGCAAUGAAGAAGAGCUCGCCACUAACCCCGAAAUGCUCGCCAAUGUUCCCAUUUUUUUGGACAUCGUCCAGAAGGCCGACGACGAGGACCUCAUGUCGGUGGGGGAGACCUACAACUGCCUCAAAGGCAUCGCGAGCUUCCGGGCCGGGCAGCAGGUGCUGAUCGAGGCCGGGGGGAUUUCCAAGUUGAGCGAGAUCUACUCCCAGGGGAGCUUCCAGUCGGAUGAAGCCUUGACGAUCGUCGCGGUGUUAAUUAGUAAUCUGGGGGUGAAGAGCUGGGAUGAGGGUAAACCCGAGACGUUUCACGCCUUGAUGAAUAAAGUAGCGGUGGAUUUCGAGACCGACCAGGAUAAGAGGAAGUUCGAGCUGUGUCAGGUGUUGAAUGCGAUGUUGUUGAGUUGUCCGAAGAAGAUUCUGGCGAGCGCGGACAAGGAGACGUGGCCGAUGAGCUUGUACAAGGGUUUGACGGAUAUUUUACAGAGCAAAAUUGGCGCAGCACAGCGGAAUCCGGCGUUGAUUCUGGCGUCGAGUGUGUUGGAUGUAUUGGGGGUGGAAUGGGCGAUGAGCGACGAGGACAAACCCAAGCAAUUUUUUUUGUUGAUGAUACAGUUGGCGGCGAUUGAGGUACGAAUGCAACUGGAUGGAAAGGGGUUGAAGGCGGCCACGACUCAGAGAAAUUUGAUCACUGCUUGCUACAUCAUUCUCGAGCUCUCGAUCAAUUAUAUCUCGACGGAUCAGCUCGAUUUGGAUCAAAAGGAAAAGCAGACUCUGUAUACGGGCUUGAAGGGGGCCUUCACCGCCAUUAUCAACCUUUUGUUGAAAGUGGCCGCUGAUAAGAAUAAACCAGCAGGGGAUGAGAAAUGGUUCGUGUAUGGUACGAUUCGCGUCUUAGCGGCGUGGUUAGCCCAAGAGACUUCGGCACUCCGCAUCCAAAUCUACCAGCUCUUACCCUUUAUUCUCGAGGUGUCCAAUGAGAGUUUCUACGCACGUAAAGCCAAACGCGUCGCUGAGAAAUCAGGAAUAGAAACGGAAGCGACAGCCGAGAACUCGGUCGAUAUUCUCAGAAUCCUGUUACCGGGGCUUUGCCACCUAGCCGUCGAAGACCCAGCCCGUGCCAUCAUCCUCAAAAACAACGAAGACAAAGUGCUUUCCGACUUCCUCCAGUUCCACUGGUCGAUAGUCCACUAUAAACGUCCACCGGUACCGAGGUCCGAGCGCCUGAAGGUCCUCAACCAACCCAAACAGGAGUUAUCACCGGAGAUCCUCGCCGAAAUGCAGGAUUCCCGCACUGCGAUGAUCAGCGCCUGUAACGUCCUUAUGAAUCUCACAGUCCUGGAAACAAAGUACGUCGACGCGAGCCCCGUUUUCAACGACCUUCUAAGGUUCAUCUUUGAAAAUCUACCCGAAUUGAAGGACAUCCCUGAGAACUUAGUCCUCCAUGGAAAUCUUUGCGUUUUAGGGUUAUUGUUGCUCAAACAGUUGUCGAAUAAAGUAAAAAAGAACGACUUUUCGAUCUGUCGUUAUAUCCAAGCCACGAUUAGAUUCCUCUGGGACGCCUAUAUAAUCGACGAGAGUAACGACCCCACGGCUUUAGUGGUCGCAAUGUCGUACAAAGAGCACUGGAUGGAGAUCAUGGAACUGUGGUUCUUGGGCAUGCAGACCAUGUCGGGGGUUCUAGCCCAGAUUCCGUGGAUCUCGGAAUUCGCGAUUGAGAGUGGCUGGGCAGAGGGAAUAAUCGUGACUUUGAAGAAAGUGAAGAUCGGGACGCUCCCACCGAACGUCAAGUCUGCCUAUGAAGAUUUUCUUUGCCACUUGGUGGACGCCAAUGAGAGCGUGACCGCGGUUUUGAAGAAGGCGGAGGCCUUGAGGGUUUGCCGGAACCAUAGGCUGAUGGAACUGGGAAAGAAGCUGUUCGGGGAUUAAUGCAUUUUUUGGUGUUGAUGUUACGCUAAGUUUUAUACGAGAGAAGCAAGUUUUGUAUCAUAUUUCAAUAAAUGUGUAUAGACUGA